GGAAAACCAGAAGAGGACCUCCCACCCUUUCACCAUCCUCUCUUCCCUGGCAUCUGGCAUCCUCUCCAACAUUGCACCUUUUCCCACCCUAGUCACCAAUUAACAGGCUUCAAGGGGACCAAGAACCCUCCGAAUGCUGGUCAUGUUUUAUAUAUAACUUCAUUUUUCUGGGAAGAGGGUCUUCUUGCAGACUCUUGAAAGGGGUCUGCAUCCGUCAUGCCAGGUAUUGGGUGCACAUUACCUCAUGCAUCCCUACUUUUCAGAAGAGGAAACUGGAAGUCAGAGAAGCCAAACAACUUCCCCAAAGUCAUAUAACUAGUGAGUGUGUGACCAGGAUUUGAGCCUCAGUCUUACUCAAAGGUCUUUGCUCUUUCUACCGCGUCUUUCUCCUGUUACUAAAACAGUGUUUUCCAAACUCUUUCGACCAGGACAUACAAUUUAAAAAAUAUAUUCUUCUAUGAUAGUCUGGUACACAGAGAGAGCUGAAACAUUUUUCAUGAACUGAAACUUACCCCCAUUAUCUAGGAUGAGCUCUGUCCUAUUCGGCACGAUUUGAUUUAAAUAACAAGUUCUGUUGUGACUCCCCAAACCCAUUUCAUUAACCCACUCCUGCAGUUUGAAAAGCAUCAGAAUGGAGGUACCCAUUCUGAGGAUCUCUGGAGAUCUCAAAGUUAUGUGGAUUCUGUCUCAUAGUCAUCUCACUUUGACAUGCUGCAAAUCCAGGGACCCUGACCUCCACCAGCUCAGACAUCUUAGCUGCCCCAUCCCUCCCACUCCACAACCUAGGGGUUCACUUCACGUUGAGCAAAUACUUCUUGAGGUGGCUGAAACACUUCUGGGUAAAAACAAGCAAAAAAAAGUCUAGGGUAGAUGUUUGAGACAGAAAGGACAUAAAAAUGUCAUAUAGUAGCCCCCUCUUAUCUGCAAACGAUACAUUCUAAGGCAUGCAAUGAACGCUUGAAACUGCAGAUAGUACUGAACUCUAUAUGUGCUGAGAACUUUCACCUUUUCACUUAAAGGAAACAUUUUGUGGUGGGUUUUGCAUAUCAGAAUUUUCAGCAUCACUAAUCUUGUGCUUUGGGGCCAAUAUUAAGUAAAAUAAGGGUUCCUUAAGCACAAGCACAUGAUACCAUGACAAUCUAAGUGAUCACUGAGACAGCGACUGAGUGACUAAUGGGCAGGUAGUAUAUGCUGUGCUGGACAAAGGAAUGAUUUAUGUCCCAGAUGGGCUGCAGCUGGACUGUCCGAGAUUUCAACAUGCUACUCAGAAUGCACUGUGCUGUUGCUGAACCCAGUGGAGGUGCAGGCUGAGUUCCUUGCCGUGGCUGACAAGUUGAGCGCACCCGGGCACUCACCCCACAGCACCUACACCACCCUGCUCAUGCAUGCCUUCCAGGCCAUCUUUGGUGCCCACUGUGACCUCCCUGGCCUGCACUGCAGGCUGCAGUCCAAGACCCUGGCAGAGCUUGAGGACAUCUUCACAGAGGUUGCUGAGGCACAGGAGCAGGCAUCUGAAGCUGGGAAUGCAACCGAGGCUCGGAAGUGGCUCAGGACGAAGCUCCAGGCUGUGGGAGAGAAAGCUGGCUUCUCUGAGGUCUUGGACACCGCAAAACCCGGGAAGCUCCACACCAUCCCCAUCCCUGUCGCCAGGUGCUAUACCUACAGCUGGAACCAGGACAGCUUUGAUAUCCUACAAGAAAUCCUACUCAAGGAACAGGAGUUGCUGCAGCCAGGGAUCCUGGGGGAUGACGAAGAAGAGGAAGAAGAGGAGGAGGAGGAGGAGGACUUGGAAACUGAUGGACACUGUGCUGAGAGGGACUCACUGCUCUCCACGAACUCUUUGGUGUCCCAUGACUCCACCCUAUCUCUUGCCUCCUCUCAGGCCUCAGGGCCAGAGCUCUCCCGCCAUCUGCUGACCUCCUUUGUCUCAGGCCUCUCUGAUGGCAUGGACAGUGGCUAUGUGGAGGACAGUGAGGAGAGCUCCUCUGAGUGGCCCAAGAGGCUUGGUAGCCAGGAAUGCAGGGGCCACCGCAGGCCUGGGCAAAAGUUCAACAGAAUCUAUAAAAUCAUCAAGAGCACCAGCCAGCUGGUACUGCGGAGGAACUCUCGGGGCCUAGAGAGUGGCUCGGACACAGCCCUGCCCCUGCGAAGGGCGGGGAGCCUCUGCAGCCCACUGGACAGCCCAACACUGCCCCAUUCCCGGGCACAGCGCUCACGAUCCCUGCCCCAGCCCAAGCUCAGCACCCAGCUGCCCAGCUGGCUCCUGGCCCCUGCCCCAUGCCACCAGCGCCGCCGCCCCUUCCUGAGUGGGGAUGAGGACCCCAAGGCAUCCACACUUCGGGUUGUGGUCUUUGGCUCCGACAGGGUUUCAGGGAAAGUGGCUCGGGCAUAUAGUAACCUCCGGAGGUUGGAGAACAAUCGCCCGCUCCUGACACGGCUGUUCAAGCUGCAAUUCUUCUAUGUGCCUGUGAAGCGAAGCCAUGCAACUGGCUCGGGUUCAUGCCCAGCCCCUCCGAGCCAGAUGUCUCCACUCCCCACAGACUCCCCAAGGCAGCCAAACCCACCAGAGAUGGGCACACCCCCAUGGGAGGACAGCACAAAUGACAUCUCCCACUACCUUGGCAUGCUUGACCCCUGGUAUGAGCGCAAUGUGCUGGGCCUCAUGUACCUGCCACCUGAAGUCCUGUGCCAGCACUCCCUGAAGGCUGAGUCCCGGCCCCUGGAGGGCUCCCCUGCCCAGCUGCCCAUCCUGGCUGACAUGCUGCUCUACUACUGCCGCUUCGCUGCCCGGCCGGUACUGCUGCAGGUCUAUCAGACGGAGCUGACCUUCGACACUGGGGAGAAGACGACGGAGAUCUUUAUCCACUCCCUGGAGCUUGGUCACUCUGCGGCCACGCGAGCUAUCAAGGCUUCAGGUCCUGGCAGCAAGCGGCUGGGCAUCGAUGGCGACCGGGAGGCCGUCCCUUUAACACUACAGAUUGUUUACAGCAAGGGAGCCAUCAGUGGAAGAAGCCGCUGGAGCAACCUGGAGAAGGUCUGCACCUCUGUCAACCUCAACAAGGCCUGCCAGAAGCAGGAGGAGCUAGACUCCAGUAUGGAGGCGCUGACGCUAACCCUAACAGAAGUGGUGAAAAGGCAGAACCCCAAAUCCAAGAAGGGUUUUAACCAGAUUAGCACAUCGCAGAUUAAAGUGGACAAGGUACAGAUCAUUGGAUCCAAUGGCUGCCCUUUUGCCGUGUGUCUAGACCAGGAUGAGAGAAAGAUCCUGCAGAGUGUGGUCAGGUGUGAGGUGUCACCAUGCUACAAGCCAGAGAAGAGAGGCCUACCACCCCAGAAAUCCCCUGACCUGCUGGCCCAGCCCACACCCGACCUCUGCUCCCUCCUCUGCCUGCCCAUCAUGACUUUCAGCGGAGCUCUGCCCUAGCGUGACCGUGGCACCAGGCUGAACAGAAAGCCGAGGCAACCCCUAUGGACUCCUCUUCCCAGAAGUUACUCCUGUAGAGAACUGAGUGGCCCUGUGCCAGGGACCUGCAGUGGGCCUAAGGUGUGGUGGUAGAAGGUCUCUGGGGGUCUCAGGAAGGAGCCUGAACUCUUAGCCUCUCAGAUUCCUCACAGCAGAGGGAGAGAGAUGGGUGAGUGGACCUCCCACGGGUGAUCUGAUACUCUAGCACUCCAAAGGAGCCUCUAUUUAGGGCUCCUCUCCUAACCCUUGGCUGGGCCCACCCUUGCUUUGUCAAAGACCCAGGGAGUCCUGUGUCUGGAGUCCCGUCCUCUCUACUCUGGAGCACAAGUGGGAGAAAUGUAGAUGAGACUUUUCUGGACUUGACCUGCAAUCCUGUCUCCUCACCCCUCACCCCAGAAACAUGUGCACAUUCACACAUACCUUUCUCUAGUUAAGUUCCUCAGACUGUCUGAAAAACAGCACUACUAUUUGACCUGUUUGCUUCCAGGACCUAGGACAGAUGCUCUCUUGAACCCCUUUCUGGAUGUGAGAUCCUGGGGAGAAAAGACAAGCUUAAAUUGAGUAGUGGUUCAGUUACCUUCUAGCUAAAGGACCAAAGGAAGUGAAUAACUUCUUUUGAGUUUCCUUUCCUUAGCACUAAAUGGGAGUGGAAAUUAAACUUCUGGAAAGGGUUUGAAAAAAAAAAAAAAGAGUUGUCCACAAACCACCUAGCCCAGUGCCUCGCUGUGGUAGGUGCUCAGCAAAGACUGGAAACUUCCCCUCUCAAUGCUGGUUCCCCUGUCCUUGGUCAUGGCAUGCUCACGCUGCCUCUGGGAUGUUCCUUGUUCAAUCCAUCCCCGUUCGUGAUGAGGCAGAACUCCUUACCGCCCCAGAGAGGGAGUAAGGAGUGAGCUGUUGUACCUUCCAAAGAAGGAAUUGCCUUUGUCAGCUUCAAAGGAGGGCUUCUCAGGUGCUGUACCCUUCACCCCCUUCUCUAUCAGGUAAUCCCAGUGCUCCCCCCGACUCCAUCAUGCUCCAUGGACUGAUACACAUUUUGUGCAUCCUCACAAGUUCACUAGAAAUGUGGGCAAGAUCUCAGAGGGGUAGAAGAUGGAAGACUGGCAUCAUGUGCUUACAGCCUGACUCGGGGGGACCUGGAACUCAUACAUAGGCAAUCAGCAAAAUGACAAGGUCAAGAACUAAUGUACGGUGUUUAAUAUUAUUGUUAAAUAAAACUCAAUUUGUUUCAUA